CCUCAUCAGAAGCUGUAAAACCUGUCUUCACUCUCGUAGACCCUUAUAUAAACUACUCCAAACUUCGUUCAAUUUUCAUACUCUCUACUGUUUUCUUUCUCCGAUCUCUUGAACGCAAAAUCGACCUCGCUCAAAUGGCAUCCAACGGAGAGAAAGGCCUCAUCGUGAGCUUCGGCGAGAUGCUCAUUGACUUCGUCCCAACCGAAUCCGGCGUCUCCCUCGCCGGAUCCCCUGGAUUUCUCAAAGCUCCCGGCGGUGCUCCGGCCAACGUCGCAAUCGCUGUUUCACGUCUCGGAGGUCGCGCCGCCUUCGUCGGGAAGCUCGGUGAUGAUGAGUUCGGUCACAUGCUUGCCGGAAUCCUGAGGGAGAACGGCGUCGAUGAUAAGGGGGUCAAUUUCGACAAGGGAGCGAGAACCGCACUCGCUUUCGUCACGCUCCGUUCCGACGGGGACCGAGAGUUCAUGUUUUACCGGAACCCGAGCGCCGAUAUGCUUCUCCGUCCAGAGGAACUCAACCUCGAACUAAUCAGAUCCGCCAAAGUGUUCCACUAUGGAUCAAUAAGUUUGAUAACGGAGCCAUGUAGGUCGGCUCACUUGAAGGCAAUGGAAGUGGCGAAAGAAGCAGGAGCUCUUCUUUCCUACGACCCUAACCUCAGGGAACCUCUUUGGCCAUCGCCCGAAGAAGCUCGGACACAGAUCAUGAGCAUCUGGGACAAGGCUGAGAUCAUCAAGGUCAGUGACGUGGAGCUUGAGUUCCUUUCCGCAAACAAAACCAUCGAUGAUGAGGCAGCAAUGUCUUUGUGGCAUCCCAACUUGAAGCUCUUGCUUGUUACUCUCGGCGAGAAGGGCUGUCGCUACUACACUAAGGAUUUCCAUGGAGCUGUUGAACCUUUCAAUGUGAACGCGGUGGAUACUACCGGAGCUGGAGAUUCCUUCAUCGGCGCGUUCCUAAGCCAGAUUGUCGAUGACCACUCUGUACUUGAGGAGGAAGAGAGGUUGAGGGAAGUGCUGAGGUUUGCAAACGCUUGUGGAGCCAUCACGACGACCAAAAAGGGAGCCAUUCCAGCUCUUCCUUCGGACUGUGAAGCUCACUGCUUUCUCAAGGACAAGUAGAGAGACGCGCAAAAGGAUCCGAAUUCUUUUUGAUAUUCGGAUCCUUGCUGAUGAUUCUGAUUUGAAAUUCCAAUGUUUUUCCUUUUCUGUUUUUCUCUUUAUUAUGUCUCUUCUUCUUCAAUGUAUUGUUUUAGAGAAACUUGUGUUUCUGAGCAUC